UCGCGCAUCUGCUCUCUGCCCUCCAUAAUAACAUCGUGUCGUAAACACGCGGCAUACACAUCGGCAAUCAGUGAAUGGAAUUUUAGGUUAGCUUGGCAGGUGGGUGUACGAGGAGGAGUGUUGGACGAGUCGUAAAACAGCAACUAUCGCUUGUGUUCGAGUAUUUCUUAUAAAGGAACAAACACGUUCAACGUUCAGAUUUCUCAAAUAGAAAUUUUUCAACAUUUUUUUUUAUAACGGUUCGUAAGGAUUUUUCACGCAACGUUUUCAUAGUUUGCAAGCACGUUUGCGCCGUAAUGCGUAGUUUGUAUAAUUGAGUUUGGAACGAAGUCGUUUUUGUACCUCACCAAGAGAUUGGUGCCUCGAGAAGGGUGUUUUAUGAUCGACCAUCGCGCGAAACUCACCAACGCUCGAGCUUGGUUCUCACAAGCACGAGCCUUAAAUAUCAACUUCUUUGCGUCCCUGGUACGAAACUUGCCAAGUACUGUUUGCAUCUUCGUUAAACGAUAUCCAAGGUGUUCUAAUUUAACGUUUACUUUAAACUAUUUUAAUUAAUCAAGUAUCAAAAAGUAGUUGACUAUGUGGAGCCUAGAAACUAACUCUACGUGAUUGCGUAAAAUUAUUGAUACUAUUCAGCUUAUUCAAAGUUUGGUUGAAUCGUAGGUGACUCGCAAUCAUUCGGGUUUAUUUAAUCGAAGGAUACCUCGUUUUAAUAGCGUUUAUCACGUACAACGUAGAAUAUAUAGGAAAUAAAAUAGCUUCAACUUAAAUCACCUGACUCGAACAAUUGCAUUCGCUUAACUCAGAAGUAUCAAUAUUGAAUUUAACGCGCUAAUACUACGCAAAAACAGAACACGUGGAUGUUGAUCGACUAACUAAUUAACCCGAACUGUACAAUUUAUCCCAAGCUUCGCCGAUCGUCCAGUUCCCUUUCCUUUUAACCGAGCGAUCGAAACCUCUCUCUGAUGAACACGCAGUUCCCAAUGCGAAUGAAAACACACGGGUUUCGCGCGAGCAACUAACCCCGGAAACUUCAACAACGAAGCAGUGAACAGCGCGGCCGACAAUGAGCACGCGAGCGACGCGUAAGUCGAGGGAAAGAAAAAAAAAAAAAAUAUGAAAGAAACACGCAUAAAAAAUAUGAAAAGAGAGAAAGAGUAGAAACGAGGGAUGAAAGAGAACAGGAAAAAAAGAAAGAGAGAAAGAAACGUUCAAGAUGAACGCAACAAGAGCCGAAGAGUUAACGCACGGACCGGUACAAAUGUUUCUUCUGCAGCAGGGUUGCGGGGUGCAGUUCAGACAUGGGAAGUGAGCAUUACUGCCUGAGGUGGAACAAUCAUCAGAGCAACUUGCUGGGUGUGUUCAGUCAACUGCUGGAGUCGGAGUCGCUGGUGGACGUGACACUGGCGUGCACGGAGGGACCUUCGAUACGUGCCCACAAGGUAGUCCUCUCCGCGUGCUCCAGCUAUUUCCAGGCCCUAUUCCUCGACCACCCGAACCGCCACCCCAUAGUCAUCCUAAAGGACGUACGUUUCGCCGAGCUACGUACCCUCGUCGACUUCAUGUACAAGGGCGAAGUAAACGUCGAGUACUGCCAGCUAUCGGCCCUCCUAAAGACAGCGGAGAGCCUUAAGGUGAAGGGUCUAGCGGAUAUGACGAACAUCAACGCGGCGGUAGCGUCGAGGGACGAGCAACAACAGCAGCAGCAGCAGCAACAACAACAGCAACAACAGCAGCAGCAACCGCAGCAACAACAGCAGCAACAACAACAACACACGAGCACAUCCGAGGGUAUACAACGCGAGACAUCGCGAGAACAUCACCGUGAACGUGAAAGUAUAAAGGAAGCGAGCAAUAAGGAGAGAGACAGGGAAGGAAAUACAUCCGGUGGCACGGGUUUACCAUCGGCAGCAGUGAAAGAAUGCGAGCAACCCCAACAGAACGUAGCCCAACCACCCACCAGCGAGUCGACCGAGGCGGUAGACAUGACGGAUUGUCCGGCAUCGCCCACCGGACCCGGUAGCCCUUGUCCAGGACCUUUGGCCCUUGAUCGACCUAGGAGGGAUUCCGAAGAUGCCGCAAGUUUAGAAGAAACGAGGGGUUCCCUUAGUCCGAUCUCGGUGCACAGUGGACCGUCGGAUAUGAGUCUAAGUAACAAUACAGGAAGCACGCCUGGCGUGCUACCGUUGAACUUACCACAGAGCCGGCUUCCGUCCCCGCACAGUACAGAGCCUCUCGCGGGUCCGUCGGGGUUACCCCCGGUCCAACAAGUUCCACUUUCGUUAAAAAAAGAGAUGGACUGGGAAAGGUCGACCGAAGAGCGCAGUGCGAGCAGCGAAAUAUCCACGGAUUACAGACUCCCACCAGAUCCGGUGUCGCUGGCCCUCGGUUUGGAUGCAGGAGGUUGGGGAGCCCUGGUGGAACGCACGAGUGGCGGCGGCGGAAGCGGUUCCCUGCUAGGUCACGGCGGUUUCGCCGGUCUGGCGGGGUUGGCGCGUCGCUGCGGCGUCUGUCUGGCUACGUUUCCUUCCGCCUGGUUGCUGGAACGGCACGCGUUGCUUCAGCACGCCGGCCAGGCUAGCGACGACAAACCAUUCACCUGCGAGCAAUGCGGCCAACGCUACCGUUACCGAUCCGCUUACGUGAAACACCGGGAGCAAAACCAUCGGGCCCGCCUACCGGCCGAUAAACUUUUCACCUGCGACGUCUGCGGCAUGCAGUUCAGGUACCUAAAGUCCUUCAAGAAGCACCGACUGAACCAUGCGUUGGAACGAUUGCAACGAGCUCCGGAGCCUCAGAGCAGCGCGAUGACGGUGUCCGCGGCUGCGGAGAGGAGCGACCAGGUGUCCAGCACCGGGGAACCAUCGCAGGUGGAGACAGGCAGCGACACCACUACCAAUCCAGGUGAGGAAGAGACGCGGGGAACCUUCAAUGAAAAUGCUCGCGAAGAGAGCAUCUCUGAGACAGCCAGCGUGCAGGAGAAUCCUGGCGAGGCUGUCGAGGUUCAGAUGACCGAGGCUCCUACAGGAAACAGCAGAUCAGCCGGUGGUACCAGCGAGGUUGGCGACACGGACGACAACGCUGUGGACGACGAUCGUUCCGAACACACGGAUCCCGUGAUCAGCCUGGCUCGCAGCAGUCACGAGGUUGACAGGCGCGAACGUCGCUUCGCCUGCCCCUUUUGCGGUAAGUGCGUCCGUUCGAAGGAGAACCUGAAACUCCACGUACGUAAGCACACCGGCGAACGACCGUUCGUCUGUCUCUUCUGCGGACGCGCGUUCGGCGGAAAAAGCGACCUUACUAGGCAUCUUCGUAUCCAUACCGGAGAGAGGCCGUAUCACUGCGAAAUGUGCGGCAAAUGUUUCGCCAGGGCGGAUUAUUUGUCCAAGCAUCUCACCACCCAUAUACACCAACGCUAAACUGCGUGGAUUGUACGGACGUUCUUGUCACUUGCUGCGGCGUCUUCUAGUUCGGGUGUUUAAGGAUUCUGUGAUAGCGAAAAGGGUUGUUCCAGGUGGAUGAAUUUCGAUUGCGAGCGAAUCGACUCGUCGAAGUACGCAAUCGCCACAAAGAUUUGUCAAUGUUGCAAGUUUUUCUUUAGGUUGUAGCUAAUCGUGGCGAUUCUUGCUUUACGCGCACCGCUUCAGGGACCGACAGCGAAUCACUUGUAUACAACGAUCGUAAAAGAACGAAUUAUUUUACCGCGAUGCUUGCGUAUUGUGUAUCGUUAAACGCGUUUGUUACACCCCGUGGAACACCCUUUCCGUGUCAGAGAUACUCGAAGAAACGAGACAACGACGUAAGAAAAAUAAUGAAACUUCGUUCAUAUAGAAUUCGCCCAAUCAUCGAGUACAAGAUCGUAAGAAGGGGCGAGCAGACAGGUGAGAGAAUGUCAACGUACGCAAAGGUAGUUUUCGAAGGUUCGUCCACGCGAGAUGUCCGCUCUUCUCAGAGUCGAACGAGAGAAAUUCUGGCGUGAAACUUCGGAGGAUGCGGAAGAUCAGCAUAUUUUUAAGAUAACGUUAAACUACGCUUCGUAAACUUCGCGUCUUCGGAUCCAUUUUUCGAGGCUCGUUGAACUUGCGAUUUUUUUUUUUUCACGAGUUCUUUCCUCUCUCUGGUGCGUAAUCGAAGAAAAGGAAGAUUCGAGAAACGUCUAGAGCGCGAUAAGAAGAGGAGAACCAUGUAUCCAUCCAGCCAUUUGCCCAUCGAGACGAGUCAAUUACAGAAGAAGGGUGGAAAUGAAGAAAUCGUCGACGACGAUGGCUGUACAUGCGUGAUUGUAAUCUUAUCACGAACGUGUAAGAGAAUAGAAGAACGAAGAAGUGAAGGAAGAAAAACGAAAGUGGAAGAAGGUCGAAGAUUUCUACUUAACGUUAGUGAGACUAAUUUGUGAUAAAGGAUUCGAAACCAAAGAACGCGACGGACGUCGACGAUGACGGCUCGUUUUUGUUGUCUUCUUCGUCUUCGUGCACCACCGACGAGCGAUCUACUCGUUUACGUAAUAGCUGUCAGCGUAAUCGAUGCGAUUUUUAUACAGUGCACGCGAUAACGAUCAUUCUUCCGUAUGCCACGCAGUCGAGGACACGUCGCGACUCCUGGUUGGACGGGAAGUAUCUGCUGAAUGGAAAUCUAGUGGAAAAAUAUGUAACGUCUAGUAUAACGUUUAUGAUUGAUAUAUUGGCCCCGAUUCCGUGACAAUUUAAUAUGAAAAAUGUGACCCUUUUGAUCAAAUUUUUUUUAUGGAACUUUAUCGUAGAAUAGUUAAAGAAACCGAAUUCGAUGCAAGAUUUUCCUUAUAUUUACGAGUUAACGUUUGAAUCAUUAGAUUGAAUUUUCCAAGUUAAUUUAAUCCUUAACUAGUACUGUCAGAUGCUGCAAUACUUUGUGUGUUAUAAAUAUUGUCACAAUUUCACUCUCAAGUAAUACGUGACACUGAUAUCUUGAAAAUUGUCAAUCAGUUUGAAUUUUAUAGUUGUGUAUCCCGAAAGACGAAUCGAUUAAUUGCUCUUUUUCUAAAUUUCUCAAUCGUAUUACCCGAAUGUACGAUAAAUAUCCAAUUUCUUAAGGAAGCAACACACGCAUCUGUGAAUAUUUCUAAUUUAUGAGGUUGAUCGUUGUGGCUUCCGAGCGACUCAAUUAUAACUUACAAGCGAAGGUUUAAAUUUUUUAUUGAGUCUAGAACUUCGGUAGAGAGUUAACAUGCUUCUAUUUCACCGUAACUAGUUAAGGGUAACUUGUUUUACUCGCAUCCUUACAGUUUCGUUCUUGUUAUUCCAUUAAUCUAAAGAAACAGCAGAAAUGCUGGUAUAAUGAUGCAGAAGAGUGGUAUCUUUGGACCGGAUUGAUAUUUAUCUUUAUUGGAGCAAAAUUUUAACUAGUCUUCGAUCGAUCUUACUGUGUCUUUUGCAUUAUUUCCAACUCGAUCGCGUUUCUCUAUUGUUCGAAAAUUCCCUAAAUUCCAAGAAAAUCUGUGAAGGAAUCGUUAUUAAAAAAUUUCGAGGAGCAUAUACGAGGAUUGAUCGAACUCCUCUCGAUUUGAUCCUUUUCUUUCAAUCUGAAAUUCUAUUAUUUGAAUAGAGAAUCAUGAAUCGUGGCGAGAAGAUAAUCAAACGAAUGAAAUAAAUGUAAAUUUCUUAUUUAGAAAUAUGCAAUGAUCGAUACAAAAGACACGGUUUAUAGAAUUUUAGGUGGUAGUUUAAUAGGGAUUGGACAAACUACUUGAUUGUUUGACUGCAAGUAUCGCGAAAUAUUGAAUUUCAAGAAUUAAUUAACAAAAGGUGCGCUAGAAACAUAAUCCACGUUAUACGUGUAGCUCGAGAUUAUUCGUUACAAGUGGAGGAUUCUCGCAGCAGCAUCUCACGAGAAACAAUCAUGUUUGCUAUUCUUCCUCUGAAAUUAAUUAGCCACUCUGGUCUACAGCCCAGACUGCGAAUAUCACGAGUAGUUUCCUCCUUCACAAUUUCACCUGAAAUAGCGUGUGCUUGCGUCUUUAUUCUUUGCGUUUUCUAUCCUUAAAACAAAUAAUAAAGACACGUCACACGUGGAAGGAGGAACGAGAGUGCUUAAACAAACACCGUGAUAUUUAGCAGUCGAUUAAUUACGAGAAAAAUAAUUCAAUUUACGAUAUAAUUAUUUUCUUAAUUUGUCCUCGAACUUGUUUCAUUAAUCAAACGAGAUAUUCUAUUGGCCGAGAUUAGCUUAGCUUAAGUACCAUUACGAGCUACCAAAUUUAAAAAAUAGUCAUUUAAAAAAUAAAAACCUUCGCUUCUCAAAUAUUUCGAAGAAUAUCUUUCUAUAUAAUCAAUUGGUCCAGCUCAACGAAAUACUAAAUUUAACAAAUAAUCAUGUAAAAAGUAAUUACGUUGAAACUGCCACCUUUCGAUCUAACAACAUCGAACAUUCGAUGCUCAAGGAUUUAAAAUAUUUUACAGAAUACGAAAAGAAGAAUAAAUUAAAACAACAAUCGUUUAAACGAUAAAUUACAUUGACACGAUCGACACGACGAUUCGGAAUAUUCCAAAGAAUACCAUUCUCUAUAAUCAAUCGAUCUAUUGAACUAUCGUAUGUACCUAUAAUACAGAGAUGAAAAGAUGGCAAAAGGAAUAGGGAUGUGAUGGACCGAACGUGUCACAUAUGCAAAUAAGACAGCGUAGCAACGCGUAACGACGAGCGACAGGGAGCAAUACUUACUUCCUUUGCACCAAUGGUAUCCUGCUAGUCAUUUUUCUAGCUCUGUGCUACGGUAUCUAUGUAACUUCUACGAUCAAUCGAUCGUAACUCUUGUCGCCGGUGGUCAAAAGACGUUGCAUACGAUUCAAAGAAACGGUAGACUUCAGGUCCAAAGGACGCAGCGACGCGUUCGACGUUAGCAUGGAUGCGAAGGAUAGGCGCGAAUCAUGCCAGGCCCUUCUCGGAAGCGUUGCCGGUGCCUUGGAAAGCCAGCCGUGUAUCCUUUUUAAACCUAGCGAUCUAGCAAUAAAGCGUGUGUUUUCCGUUCUAGCCGUCACGCAAGUAGAAAAAAAAACCGACCAGGACACCAUGUAUUAUCACACGGUCUCCGCGGUUCUUCCAAAAACCUCUUCUUAGCCAAUUGUGUCCAUUUUGCUGUUUACGUGUAUAUAUAUAUGUAUGUCCCUGAUACGUGUACGCAUAUAUAUACAUACACAUGCAUAUACAUACAUAUACACAUCGAUGAAACGAUAGAUCGUCCAGAAUCCACAUAUGCGCGAGCGCAGAAACGAGAGUGCCGGCUCAUUCUCUUGGGACCUGGUCUCGCAAGCGAGUUCACAUCGUCGUUCCACUCGUUUCCGUAAUUCCGAGGGUUCCGAGCAUACAACGUAUGUAUAUAUAUAUGUGUAUGUGUGUGUAUACAUAUAUACAUAUAUAUAUGUAGUAUAUACAUACAUACAUAUACAAACAACGCUACCCGAAUCCUCGAGGUCGCCGAAAAUACAUUUACACUUGUUAGUCGUUCGUAUAGCGUUCGCUCAUCUCCCAUCGGACGCUGGAUCGCUGUCGAUCGCGAGAUCGACCAACAACUUCCGUCCGGUUCCCUGACCGGGGUUUUGCGAUCGAAUUUGAACCUCUCGUCGCGUCUUAACUAUUCACAAGGCUACGAUAACUAUUCGCCUGGUGAACAGGCUACAGAGAGAGAAAGAGAGAGAGAGUGAGAGAGAGAGAGGGAGAGGGAUCGAGACAACGAGAGAGGGAGAGAGAAAUAGAGAGAGAGAGAGAGAGAGAGAGAUGGAUCCGUGGAUAGAAACGUCGACGAUGGACGCGUCCACCGGUGGGAACGAAGAUCGAUCACUUGGACGGAUGGUAAAUUAUUCGGCGCGUUAUUCCGUCUUCUAAAAUAGACAUUAAAUUAAGGAUAAGUAAUGAGAUCUACAGCGAUCGUUGUUGCAAACGUGCCGUCCCAGUGCCAAUGUCUCGUUUACUUUUCGUGAAAGUUACCGCAUAGCUUGCGUCGAUCUUUCGCCGUCUUGGUGAUCGAGAUCUGCUUUGGAGUAGCUGCGUGAUAUAGGAACGACGAGAGAAAUUUUUGGUUCGAUCGUGGGCGAUUUGAGUUGUUUUUAACGACGCGGGGUACUGCGACUGUUACUUGUCCCCGGGAGAACGUGGGAUAUGAUAUAGCUGUGAAGGAUGCGUAAACAGAAGGUUCUUCUAUAUUUUAUUCUUGUACACAACUUGCCUCGUUUUAGCGAACGCUGUGAUUUCGUGAUCGUUGCUCAAACCUGAAACCGAGAGCGGAAAUGCUGGGAAACUGAUAGCUCUUUGCGUUCCAUCCUAGCGAAUUUAAUAGAGUUUGUCCUUUGUGAUUUUUCUUUAGUCGGAGGUAUUACAUAUUCAUGCAACAAUUAUUUCUGAGUUACAACGAAAGUAUAGUUUACACCGCGUAUUUUCGAAUAUUAACUAACUCUUAACUCUUAGACGCUUUUUUCUCUGUAAAUAAUUAAGAAAAUAUUAAUAUCCUUGACUCUUCGCAAAGAUUAUCUUAUGAAAAUGCUUCUGACUUUACAGCAUAUAAAAAUGUAACUCUACAUGCAGAUAGAUAAAGAAAGUAUAACGUCGUAAAGAAUAACUUUGUAAUUCAGAAGUAAUCGAAUCGUAGUAGUAUCAAUAUUCUUUUUCGAUAUCGAAUUUAUUCGUCACUACGUGUUACCCGAAUUAACGAAUUAUUUGAACCAAGAAACCAAGGAACGUUAACCGAUAUUUUCUCUGUCGAUCAUUCGAAUUUCGCCAAGUCGAACGCAAAGAGCAAAAUGCCCAGAUCGACCGCGGUUUCGUACCAAGUUCAAGUCGAUCUUUCACCCGCAUGGAUCCCACGUCACGGCGCACUUCGCUUCUGUAAUUUCCGGGGACACGCGAUUACGUCGCGCGUCUUCGCAUCCGCGAAAAUGGGUAAAGAAUGCGGCAUCGGUUAACCAAAGAAAGUCUCGCGAGUCCGACCACGAGGAACGACAUUAAGAGAGAAAAAUGCUGAAGUAAACCAGGCUCGAUUCUUGCGAGGCCAGUUUGCCCAAAUUCCGUCAGAAUUAACGUUUAGUCAUUUAGCUAGUAAUUUACGACGUACUUGCUGCUGUGUGUAUCGCGCAUUCGUGAAACGAAGUCGAAUAACGAAGGUGCUAUCUAAGAGAAUAGAACGAUCGUGGCCCGGUAGCCAGGAACGACGAAGACAAAAUGACCGCUCGCGGGAAGAAGGUGCCAAAGAAAAAGACUAUAAUAACGAAUACUUACCUAUUACACGAAAGAGGCUCGUGUGUUAGACGAGGAACAGAGUCGACCUAUAAUAGAAAUAAUGGGGAAAAAAAGAAAGAAAUUUCGAGCCUCGCAUUUCCCUGCGAGCGGGCUGGUCCGGCGCCGCGAUGACUCGGUUUAGUCGAUAAAUUACGUAUAUUAUAUUAUAUAUAUAUAGUCGAGUCGAUUAAAGGUGUAAGUUUUACAACGCGAAGCGAAUAAUCAUCGUCCCAUGAUGGACGAAUGAACGAAGGAAGGCGAACGUAUUAGGUUGACUUGAAAAAGUGAACCGAAAGGGAGAAACUAUUAAAGAAGAGAAAAUAAACGAAAGAAGCGGAUAUAAGCGAAUAGAGAACAUGUCCAACGAAUGUCAACGAGUUUCAAACAAGCAAACAAAUAAACAGAAUUAAAGGAAACGAAGAAAAAUAAGAACAUUUGCGCGCGUAGGGAGAACAAGGAAAAAUAGAGGAAAUUAAAAUGAAGCUAAAAGAAAAAGUAGUGGAGGAAAAUGAUAAACUAAGAAAAAAGAAAAAAAUAAAACGAACGAAGAAAAAGGAGGAUGAAGAGGCGCGAAUAUAGAAGAUACAAACACGGCGAGACUUUUAAUUUACGCUGGUUUGUCCAUCUCGUGCGGUCUCUCGAAAAGAAGAAAAAAGAAAAAAAAAACGCGCCGGUCGACAGGACCGCGUAUCGUGUCCGUCUCUCGCGCGUGAUUAACGAUCCAAGGAUUAAGGAAAAUAGUUCCAUGACGCCUGAUGCCUCUGUUAGCUUUUAUACAGGCAGCCACGUCCGCCCGCUGCCGCUCCAUUUCCACUGCACGCCAGAUUUACUGCGUUAUGGACGGCCGAGGGAAGCUGCAAAUCGUUCUGUCACUGAAAGACCGACUGUGCUUGACGUUUCCUGCUCCGCCGUGGUACGACCGACCGUGCUUCGAGGAUCGUUCUCUGUACGGCAGAAACUACCCCUUGCAAUUCGCGAUCGCGAUCCUUACGUCAUCCGAUUACCUUCCUUCUUUUAACAUAUUUUUAAUAGAUUCUGAGGGUUUAUGAAUUUGCGAGUUUACGAGUUUGCCGAAUAUUUGAUAGAUUAGGUGAUCGUGUAAUAGAGCUCAUAGUGACCUAUUUAACUCUGGUCUGAUCUUAACUCAAAUCAUUGGUCGUAGGUUAUUACCGUAACAGAGUUUGAGGAUAAUUUUAGGGUAUUUAAUUUUAACACUGUGUCGGCUAUCAGUGCGUAUCGAUAAGAUUUCACUGAGAUUGAAGUUCGUGUAUUCUUCAAAUAUUUCGAGAAUUCGUGAUCAUUUUAACGCCAGUUCCUUCGUUUACUUCUUAAGCUACACCGUUUGUGAUGAAAACGAUAUUGUUUAAUCUGUGAUACCGGUAUCUUGAAUAAGAAAGUAUUUUCUUGAAUUUCGAUAGAUUCCGUAGAUCUUCGAUUCGAAUAUCGAACGAUGGUUGUAAGGAUAUUAGGAAGAGAAACGAGUGAUUUUGAAAAAUUACUUGUGCAACGAAAGCUAUCUAUAGGUAUAUUCUUUAAACUGUGAUAUCGAUACCUUUAAAUGAUAAAAGAAAUAUUUAUUUAGCGUACUAGUGUCGUUCAGUCUGGAAUGACUAACGAAUAUUUAGAUCAGUUUAGUCUGUAUAGCUUGAAAAAUGAGUUUCAUAUCUGAUAGCGUUAUUUUAUCUUCGUUACCUCCUUUAUUUCCAUCCGUCCUUUUAAACGGUGUGGGAAUGAAUGUGUUAGAGUUAUAUGAUUACAAAAAUCGAAACACAAAACGGUGUUAUAUUAGCAAAUAUUUUUAACAGAUACUUGUGCAAAUAUUUAGACAGCUAGAAUUUGGUAUGGAAAUAUAUAUAGUAAUAAUAACUGGAAAUAAAUGAAACGUGUUAAGGAAACAGCUCGAAAAUUGUCCGAUAAAACGAACACCCCGAUCGCGUGUUUCAUUUUUGUCGAGAUAGAACAUUAUGAAACGAAUAGGAGUAUUUUUAUUGAAUAAUUAUUAUCGGAUUUAUUGUUAAAUUUACAGUGUGCGGAUUGUUAUGCAUUUAUGGGAAGAUUUAAAAACGAAAGAGUGAAGAUACACGGAAUGCAAAUAAUAUAAAAAAUUGUCAAAAUAUGACGCUUUAAGUUCUAUUCAAUUUAAGUUAAAUGUAUUUGUAAAAAUACGAAUUUGCAUAAAAAUCCGCAGUCUUCUGAUUUAUAUUCAAAAUUGCUCGAUACGAAUUUCUGACAAACUUGGUAUUACAACAGUGCCAAAUAUUGCAAUGAAAUGGAACGUUAGAUAUUAAACGAAUAGUAAUUAUGCUAUUCAAUCAUGCAUACGUAAAAUGAUAAGAAAUUGCAUUUAUCAUCUUAGUUAAAAGCUUAACAUGAACACCAUUAUGCAUUAGAUAGCGUGUUCAGAAAACUUAUCAACGAAUGCAGAAGAGAUCUAUGUCUUUAUCUUUACAUUAGUCAUGUUCAUUUUCUCUUAUUAAUUUCACUAACUAAAUUACUCUUUCUAUUCUUGCAUACAGAUUGGUCUUAGAAUCACAAGUACUUUACGUUAUUAAUUUCGAGAAAAUUUUGUUCGCGAAUAUAUUUUAACAAUCAACGUGUAAUAAUCGAACCUAUUUUAAAUAUCCACUAUUUAAAUAUAUUAUAAUUCCGAAAUACAUUUCACGCGAUCAAUUCGCUUUUUUCGACUAAUUUGAUAGUUGCAUAACUAUAAUAAUUUGAUAUUGAUUGACAACGAACGAUAUAUAUAUUUUUUACAAGCACGAUCUGUAAUAACGACAUAUGCAACAGUGAUAAUAUUUUAUAACGAUUACUAUUACAUAUGUGAUAUCGAAAUAUCGACUCGAAUUUUAGCUAGCUUUUAUUAUCAAGGUACUAAGUAAACGUUUGAUUUACUGUGAUAACAUGAUAGAUAAUAUCAAAUAGUAGAAGAACAAGAGGGUCGUACGAGAAUUUUUACAAGAAUUUAAUUCACCAACCGUGAAAGCAAUUUUCCAUUUAAAAACACGCGUGUCACUUUUGUAUCCUUGCACGAUAAAUGCAAGAUCGCAUGUUAUGUGACAAAUAACACAUUGUGUACCGGAGUUAUAUAUUUUUCAAAUAAUGCGUAUUUCCAGGAAUUUUUAACAAAAAUUCUACGCACUUGUUUAUUUAAAAAUUAAUUUCUUUAUUUCAUUUUUCACAUAUUUUAAUGGGAUUUAUGUAAAUAUAAAUAUCGUGUGUAAUUAUUUAAUGCUUCUUUCAAAUAUGGUCAAAUAUAUAAAGUAAAGUAAAUGCUUUGAUGAGACAGGACAUCGCAUGGCUUGUAGAUAUAUAAUUGAUGGAAGCGAUAUAGCGAGGUUAUCAAACAGGUCAGAUGUUAAAGUUUACAUGUUUCAGAAGCAAAAGCAGCAGAACAUAUGAGAAGAUAUGCCACAGCUCAUAAUUACUUCUCUCUAUGCAAAAUAUAUUUUAAAGUAUACCGUGUGUCAUAUAAUUUGAAAGGGAAAUUAUAAUUGACUAAAAAGAUAAGUCAUUCGUUAUCUUGCAAAAACUUUGAAUGGAUAAUUCUCCAAUAAGUUUACGAAUUUUACAAAAGAUAACGCGAAACGUAUUUUAACGUUAAAACGAACAUAGCUGUCAAUAGUCUAGAAAAUUUGAUUAUAUAAUUCGUCUCUCAUUUACACAAUGUGUUAAUUUAUAACCAGAAACCGCGUGAAAAUUUCGAUCAUAGUCAAACUACUUUCUAUCUUUUCCACCUUAGUUAAUAAAGUUUGAUUAUACUCAUUCGAGUCUAUUCGUAAUAUUUAAGUGGAAUAGAGAAAGAAAGAUACAGCUUUACUUUUAUAUUCUAUUGUAUGUAUUAUGUAAAACUUUUUGAAAUUUCAUUAACUCUGCGGCGAGACACAACAGUCACGUUUAUAUUGAUAAAAUUUGAAACUUGAAAAAUGUACGUAUUGCGAAACAUUUACAUUAAACAUAUAUUUGGUAAAAUAAUUAGCAUGCAACAUGGAUAAAUAAUAAGCGUAUGAUAAAUAUUCAAAAGAAUUCCACCGAAUAUCGAGGCUUAUUAAUAUAACGAAUAAUUAACCAUUUAAAUAUUUUUAUCAUCUCUCGUACCAAAUGUGUAUCUUGUAAUUUCUAUUUACAUUUCCAGAUUUGUUUCAAACUUGACCGACAUAAUCAUAAUGAUCGAAUCUCUUUAUAACGCUAAUGAAAUUUUAAAAUAUUACGUAUAACACACACAAUAUAUUUCUAACAGGUUUCUAUAAAUGUUGGAAUACUUUCACGAGCCACUGUGGACGAAACUCGAUCACAGUUGUGUUUCUAUCGAGUGAAUCGAUAGCGAAAACUAGUCCUUUGACCGGGAGAAAAUCAAAGGGCGGAAGUCGCCUCGCACUCUUCCAAUUUGCCAAAUCACAAAGUUAAAAUCGUCAACGGUGCUCUAGUCGAGGUUUCGCAGCCCGUCCAAAUUACGAGAGCGAUUUUUUCGCCGGUCUCUCCACUCGACCUAGAAAACAAAAACCCACAAAGAUUCUUCCGAUAACUCUUCUGUGACGGCGCGGUAAAAUCUUCAUAUCCCGCGGAAAAAAAACAUUCCCGCGGGAUCGUGUGUCCGGCAAAAGAGGAACGAGAAAAACAGAUGUCACGGAGAAGAGGAUGAGCCACGCGUUGUCACGUUUUUCACAGACGUGAAAACUUCCGGUUUUACACCGUUACACUUGAAAUUUCAUGUAUUCUUUCGGUGCAGUGUAGUAAUUCUACGGGAAUCGUCAAUUUACACUUUCGAAAGUCUACUUUUUCUGUUUUCCAUGGCCUUGUAGGGAAAAUAUUGGUAAUAAUUAAACUGAGGAUAUGUUUCUACAUUUACGAGAAAUUUGACGUUACUGUAUAAAAAUAUCGACGACUGAAGCAUAAAUAAAUGAAAUUUUAACGAAAGGAAUAAUAUAGUGCGAGAAGAAAAUCGUCAAAAAUGUCGUUGUCCUAAAUCCAACAAAUUUUCAUGUCUAUUUUUAGUUCAAGAUUGUAUGGGAAGAAUAUGAUAAGUCAAGUUUCGUUAAUCUUCUGACUUUUAUGUCAUUCGAUGGUUAAUAAGAAGAAUGUUAAUACGAGGCUUACGAUAAAAAAUAGAGAAAGGGGAGUUUAGAGAAAAUACAAGACAUUUCUCUCUAAAAUAGGAAGCUUUCGAUUUUCGUAAGUUCACAACAUUUUCGCUUCUGUUCUAUGAAAAUGAAACGUCCACGGGUUUUUAUUCUCAAAAUACGAUUGUUCGAAAAAUAGAACGGUAACUGUUCAGAUUAGUAUCGUAAAAUCACAAUUUGCUAAAACCAUUAGAUUUAGGAAAAACGUAUAGUUGAAGUAAAUUUAAUUUUUAUAGUCUUUACGAACAAAAUAUGACGUUGAAAUAAUUUAUUUAUUUUAAUAAUAUCAGCGAGUUUGAUGUAAUAAUUAUUUCUGAUCUUGAAAUUUUAACUUUUACGUUGAUACGGUUUGUUUCUGGAUAUUUUCAUAGUAAUAAUAUCAUUUUGCGAUAUUCAUACCUAUCAACGAUGCCUCUGAUUCGGAACAAUCCGAUUCGAUCGAAUACGUGCGAUGCACCGAUUUGUAACAAAGAAAAUAAUGGUAGCUGCAUUCUGUUCUUGAAAAAAUGAUCACGAAGUAUUGACACCGCGUCGAGCCAAAAAUUUCCACGAAUAGGAGAAAAAAACAGACACUCGACACGCCCCGUUGUGAAAUGCCAUCAAUCUUUCCGUUGACAGUGUUAUAUCCAACCGAAUGUCUCGUAGUUCGAGUUUCCCAUGCCAAAAGAGGCUUAUGAAUAUCCAUCGUCUAGGUGAAAUUUAGGUUACCUAAUUCCAUUUGAUCUCAUUUUUCCUUCGAUCAUACGUUAUAUAAUAUCAUUAGAAUUAUUUUAAAAUAGACCUGUAUGGAUAAAGUUUUCUCAAGGGAAUUUUCAGACUUUCCACAAUUCUCUUCAACGAAUCGUCAUUAUCCUUGUAUCUUUCGUACAAAAGGGGAUCCUUUUUCUUGGUCUUUCAGUUGUUACCGUCCUCUACUGUAACGAAAUAUGGAUUCCAACGUUUACGAUUUACUCUACCGCUGUUCUCGAAUUUUUAUAUUUUAAUCUUCGUCUUAUUACAGUCUUAUCUAUAAACACUUUUAAUGUUUCAAUUGUAAUAUAGUAAAUAACAAUUGGUUCGUAUUUUGUUGAAACUCGAGAUACUACUUAAUGUUAGAAAAACACGAUUAAGCCGAGCUUUUCCUUUCACUACGACGAACUAAAACUCCAAAGUUAGUGCGUAACACCCACCAUUCUAAAUAAUUUAAACUUCCUUCGUUUAAACUUUCUGUCGCUCCACCUCUAGCGUCGAAUUCUAUACGUCGUCACGAGUAAGCCGCUCUUUCUUCCUAUUUACCUCACGAUCCUCAGCGGCCUCUGCCGAACUCCAAUCGCAGAAAGAAAACCAUAGACCACCUAUCUUUAUUCUCUGCUAAUUUCCCACUACACUAUCAACACACGUUGUUACCGUGACAAAUACCGCGGGUCUCACGAUCCUUUACCAUCUGCCUUCUGCUGAGACGAAAGUUGCUUCGAUAUAAAAAAAUAACGCAGUAAUGCGACUUUUACCAAACUUUGAUCGCAACAAGAAGACGAAGAACCACGUAUUUCUAUUUUACAACUACGACUUCCAAAUUUACUUUCUAACAUUCUCCAACGCCUUCGCUUUCCACCAAAGCACGACCACCGAUGAUUACGCGAAAAUUCCACGAUCCUCGCGACCUUCCUUUCGCCGAACAACCUUGACGUUAAGAAAUAACAAUGCGAUAAUGCGACUCCCAGCAAACUUCGAUUCCAAAAGGAAGACGAAAAGCCAGCUAUCUUUACUCUCCGCCAAUUUCCAAAUUUACUCUAUACCCCACCCUGUAUCGAGCCACCACCACGAGAAACCUUAAAAGUCCACGAACCUCGCGAUCUUCCUUUCGCCGAAGCAGGGUUGGUCGAGCGAGGUCGCAUCGAUAUCGCGAAAUAAUGCAUCGGAUCCUCGUUUUAAGUUCGCCCCGAACUUACGACUGGGAUUCCAGGAAUCAAUUAAUCGUGACGCGGUGCGCGUUCAUGUGCAACUCUGCGUCAGUGUGCAUAAAGAGAGAAAGAGGAAGAGAGAGAGAGACAGAGAGAAUAAGGUAAUAGAGAACAAAGAGGGGAAGAGGAGGGCAGACCAAGCGGAGUACGAAACGCAGGCCAAGUGGAAAGAGGGAAAGAGCGCGAUAGACCGAGCGUGUGACUCCGCAUCACGUUAGUUCGCGUGAUAGCCAACCGUCUUUCAAUCGAAGUCGGUAAAACGUACCUCCGAAAUGUGCACGGCAUAAUAUAUUCAACGCGAUUGUGUGUCCCGGCACAAAGGGAUCGCGAGCAAAACGGAAUGGAGCAAACCUGGGUUUUCCAGGGGCGCACGAGCGCGCGUAUGGCCUCGGCACGGUUCCCGAGCCCAAUGGGGUGGGGCGAAGCUGGUUUUUCCGUCAUACGUCCACUAACGAAUAUAUCCGCGUGAUAUUUUUUUAUAGUUUACCUACGAGUGAUAUUUAUAUUUACGGAUAUAUUUACGUCAAGCGAUCCGUCUAUUUCAUGGCCUAUAUGAGAACAAUGUGCGAGGGAGGAAAUCGGUGUUGAUGAAGGAACACGGGAACCGCGAGUCGAAAGCCUUCGCGCGAUUCUUAGGUAUCUUGUCUAAGUACGUUGUUACGAGGUCGAAAUUUCGAAUAUCUCGUAUUUGAUUUUGUUUUGUGGUAGGUAUUUCUGUAUAGAAAUACCGUUUGUAGAUAUUUCGAUACGGUAACAAUAUUUGAGUACGGUCAGGGUAUACAGAGUGAAUCAACGAUUAAAAGUUACUCAUUUUCGUUUUUGGAACAAGCUCUAUUGAUUUAAUUUUUUAUUCAAAUACAUAAAUAUUUACACUCUCUUCGCUGUAUUUACAACUCUAUUUUGUUUCAUUAUUGAUAUUUAACACGAGGUUGAGGUAAUAUUGAUACACCCAUUCGACUUUGACCGAAGUAUGCGAGUUAGCAGCGUUGAAUUAACGAUCAACACCUAUUUAUUUAUAGGUUUUAUAAAAUUAAUUGUACUAAUCGAAUUUUUUAUGUCAUUAUUCGAUGGCGUCUUAGAGACUGUAUUCAUAUAGAGUCUCCAUUCGCUAUAUUUAUGUUUGUUUCAGCAUUGAAAUUUAGCAAGAGGUUCAAAUAAUAUUGACGCACCUAUUCGAAUUUGAGCGAAAUGUUCUCUCUGUUUUAGGGGAACCUUUGCCGCGUAUAAAAUUGUUUUCGCGGUUGAAUUUUUCCAUGACUUGGAUAAUAUUACGAAUUUAAGUAUUUAUUUAUUCAGCAAGGCUUAAUACCGUUCACUGUCGUACAUUACCGUAUUCUGGCGAGCUGCAAAGCGAGCGAACACGUUAAUGUUUGUUUCGCAUUAAGUAGCGGUGUCGAUAAUUAACAUGUUCGCUGCGAUGCACACCAUUGAUGAUGCAUUAUUGGCUUUUCGUGUACACACAGCCUGCUGUCAGUACGCCAUACUAUGCGACGUUGCAUGCGCACAUAGUUCUUACUUCUUACGAUCGGGAUUUUCUUCCAAUAAAUUAUUAUUUAUUAUUAAAAACUUUUAGAGCAUAACUUUAGAGAAACUUGAAACUGAAUAGAUAUAUGUAUAUAACUGUACGUUUGAUUUCGAUCUUUAACAAGACAUCGUCACUGUACAGUAAAUUUAUGAUACGAUUAGAAUAUAGAAAUACGCAUUAAAGAAUUAAGUGUAAGAAGAUAAAUCCUCCAACUUAUAGAACAAAAUUUUUAUUUCUUGUUUUAAACAACUCGUCGAACUUUAAAUGUCAUGGAUAAACCUUCGGACUUCUAAGAAAGAAUUUUUACUUCUUGUUAAACAACUUAUGCUACAGUUUAUAAUAAGCGACUAUCUUUGUUAUUUUCAAUCGUGGAGAUACACACGUUACCGAAGCGUAUAAAGUCGGGCACCUCGUCUGGACCUCGAAACAACGUUAACAGAAUGCAAGCUUCGAUCACGCGUAUUAAUUCGGAUGCGGAAGAAUUCGAAAUUCCAGGCAAUUCGCGGCGGACCGAUGGAUGAUCACGUUCGAACUUAAUCGCAUUCGAACUGAAACAGCCCGAUUUACCCGAACGAAGAGUAACGUUAAUUCCGUACAUUAUCCUAGAACAAAGCAGCACCCAUGGCCAGGCGUUAUGGAAUGGAUUGGGCAUUUUAAACCACGUUUAAAAAUUAUAGCUACCUAUACAACACCAAGUAAUAUAUAUAUAUAUAUAAAUAUAUAUAUAUACAAAUUCUAAUAUAUAUAUAAAUAUAUAUAUGACGAUGAUAAUAUUAUAUAUAUAUAUAUGAAAAUAUAUUUAAUGAAUGUUCCUAUAUUUAUACUAUAAGUACAUACUAAGUGUAUUAUAUUGAUAUUCGAUGGCGAUUUCAGGUUUUUACCAAGCAACAACAAAAUAAAAAAAUUAAAUGUCUGUUUAGAUAGUAGCCGUACUAUCGGGUUAAUUUAAACGAAUCGGAAGAGAGUGAGAAAAAUAACGAAAAAAAAAAAAAGGGAGAUAGGUAGAGAGAAAGGGAAAGGCUAAAGAAGCGAACGUGACGAAGAAUGAUAUCGAUGCAAACGAUAGAGAAGGGUUAGACGAAGAAACGAUAUAAAAUACGCGACGAGUCUCGAUGAUUCGAGAUUUCGAAUCGAUCGUCGUGUAAUUUUGAGAUUAGACGAAGGUUAGAGGAAGAAUGCUUGAAAGCGGGUUUGUGUGUGUUGGUGACGAGGCGAGGGUCUUCCUAUACUGACUGAACGAUCAGAUGUGAUAUACGCAUAAGGAUUAAUUAAUAAUUAUUUACUCCAAUCGUAUAUAUAUAUGUAAUUAAUAUUAUUAAUAUGGUUAUGAUAUACAAACAUUAUAUCUAUAUAUUGUGUAUAGGUAGAUAGGAACAUAUACAAUGUUUUUAACUGGUUUAUCUAUGUUCCGAGGAUAUAUGCUAAGUGUAUUUAGGUAGGAUGUUGUAAGAAGGUCUCUCGGCGUUAAUGUUUAAUCGAUAGAGACCACGCAAGUGAUUAAAACCGCGACGAACCGGUCCUCGCGACGAAAAUACCACUGUUCCUCUGAAUUAUUUAAUUAUAUAUCGGUUUCUUAUUCAGGUCUCGCUACCAGGAAGACGACGGUUCUUUUAAACGUUGCUCGGAAAUAACUGAGAAAUCCAUUUAAUGAAAAUUUAACAAUUCCAGAGAUUUUAGAAUUCUACGAAGUAGAACGGAAAGCAGGAAAAUAGUCGAUCGGAAAUAUUAAUUUCACAUGUAAUUUUUAUGUAAGGUUUUCAAAGAGACGUCAUCCGUUUCACAUUUCCAGAUCUUCCGAAAUUUAUCGAAUCUUUUUUCUCCUUUAAUAACGAAUCAUGUUCCAUUCAUAAAACCAAUUCGACAAGCAGAAUGCGUUUCGAGUUUGUUCGUACGAAAAUAGUAAAAAAAAAUCGUAAGAAGGGAAGCUAUAAAAUUCUUCCGACUGCGUCCUGUUACAUCGAAACACAUUGAUAUUUUCGUCAAUUUUUCAUUCAAAAUUUUGUGUUAAAAAAUUACUCAAACUCGAGUAACAAAUUACUAAUAUUAAUUUACGAAUCCAUUCUCAGUUAUCGAUUACAUGCAGAGAAAAUGCAGCACGUAAUUCAAUUUAUAAAAACGCUCUAAAAUAAAAUUUCAAAAGCCAUCCUUCAAAGUAUCAUCGUCUUUCUACGAAAGUCAAAGUCGUGAAAAUCUUUUGACCCGAAGGCUAGCGUUUCGAUCGGGUUUGCGAAAAUCGCAUCGUUCGUGACGAGGACCAGUUUCUCGCGGAAGCACAGCGAACCGUGCAGGUUCAUAGGGAAAAGAAAGAAGCAGAAACAAUUGGGGAGUGUUUCGAGUUUAUGCGUUCCGUGCAAUAACAGUUUGCUCAAUCCUCGGUGUCCGUCGGUCCGUCCGUACGGAACGACUACUCGUAGGUUUAAAACGAAGCAUACAUACACGACACAGAUACAACGACAGAUCGCACACACGAGUAUCACACAUACGCGCGCACACAUACACACAAAACGAAAACACACACGCACUCUCUCUCCCGGUACAAACAUCCACACACAUACAUACACACACGCGCGUGCGCGCGUGUAAUUCGUGUAUAGAGAACAGCAGAAGUAGUAGCUAGCUCGACUCGUUAACGUAGCCAGACAAUUUUCGAACGUAAUAGCCGGAAACGGAAACUUUAAUCUCCUAUUUCAAACCUUCCUUCGAGUCUCUCGAUGUCUUUUCGGUGUCUAUUCUAAAGAGAUUUAAGCGAAAAAAAAAAUAAUUAAAUAGUACAUAUAAAAAUAUAUAAAUAUAAUAGAUAUAAAUAUAAAUAUGACAAGGAUAAAAAAAAACCCUGCGAACUAUUUCAGCGUUUAGCUUCGUCUGUGUAAUAGUACGUACGAUGUCUCGAAGAAUAAAGUGAGAUUCAAGAAACGCUAAAAAAAAAGUAAAAAAAAAAAAGAGAGAGAGAGAAUGGAGUAACGUAUAAAAAAGAUACCUUGGAACCCGUUCGCACGGCGUGGUUGCAAAACGUAACACAUCCACGUUCCGACGAGGCGUGCGCGCGCGUGCGUCUGCACCAAAGGCGUAAUAAUCCUCGACUCUUCCGCCAAAGAUAUAUACGAAAUUUGUCGAGGCCGUCGAAAAGCUUCGUAAAUCGAAACGUAGAUGUAAACGUCGCAGACGUUCCUGAUCUUGUGACAACGACGGAAGCGGAAGUGGAAGCGGAAACGGUGCGGCGCGCGUGCACGCCACGGUUCCCACGCUAUUUCGGCAAAAUUAAUCGUAGAUGUAUCACUAAACCUUUUUCCUAAUCUUCUCUCGACUUCUCGUUACCCUAGCAAUAACGAACGAUUACGGCUAUCGCUGUUUCGUCCUCGAAAAGCGAACGUUCUUCCCGCUGCUGGAACUGUUUGUAAAUCCAUGGCACGAAUGUCCGCCGCUUCGUCGUGUAAUUUUGCUGAAAUAGAGAUCGUCCCACUACUAAUCCUGCCGCCAAGUAGAAAGGAGAAAAGAGAAACAGAGGUGCGUGGAAGCGUAAAGAGUACGAGGAUCCAUGAGAGAACGAGAAAUUGAAAAGAGAUGAAACUCGAUAAGGGGGACGAAAGAAGAAUCGUUUCGCCGUUCUCGGUGAGGUUCGUUCGAGUAGCCCCGCCGAAAUUUACACUCGUCUCUGCCCCUUAAAUCCGAGGCAACCCUCUACCGACCCGUCGAUAAAACCCACCCCCGCCUUCACCCUUCUGUGUCGAAGCUUUAACGAAAGUCGAUUUUGCAAUCACACUUAGCCGGUUCGCGAGGAUGUUUGAGUAAUACGACGCGAUCGAGAAAGAAAAAAUUAAAAAAGAAAAACGAAAGAAUGGAAGAAGACGAAGAUGGGAUGAAUACACACACAACACAUACACACAUUUCGUGGCCGUACUGUCGUAAUUGUUUGUCGUACCUACUGUUAGAUAUUAAUGAUUGUAACUUGUAAUAAUUAGCGUAAUUUGACGAAUUGAGGGGGGCGGCACGUGCGCCACGGGUGAAUACCAGGAGGAAUUAGAAAUUGGAAACGCGCGACGUGGCGCACGUGGCCAUACCGCCCCUCCACGUGGAUGUUAGAAAUAUUUUUCAACUUGUACUAAAUGUGAUAAACCGAUGAAUUGACAAUGAGCAAUCUAACUGUAAUAUAUAUAUAAACAUUAUAUUAUAUAUAUAUUAUAUAUAUAUUAUAAAUACGUGUCUGUCGUACAAGCCGUGAAUAGGUUUUACCGUAAAUAGUUACGUGUUAGCUUAAUUGAUUGAUUGUACACAUGUCGAGCGAACGAACGACGUUUCUUUCUCUACGUAACGUACAAGCGAGAGGCUUAUAAGUAAAAAAAAAAAGAAAAAAAAAGACAAGAAGAAAACUUGGAAAAAAAGAGAAACAAAGGGGAGAAGAGAGAAACGCGUGGGAAGAAAAUAAAAAGAGGCGAUAAGAGAGGAAACAGUGGUGAUGAUAUCGCAGGCCGUCUCGAAAUCUGUCCACGAAUUUUUCCAAUGACGCUGGGCGCUGUCUUCGAGAUACGUGCCACGCUCGCUUCUUGGUUAAUCGAUUAAUUAAUUAAUUAGGGAACUGGCCGGAACGGGCUGAACGAACUGCAGCCAUGUCUUUUCUUCUAUUUUAAUUUAACCGUGACUCGAUUACAAGUUUCUAAUGAAAUUAUUUGUUACUUAAAUUUAUAUCAUGCACGCGCAUAGUUGACUAAAUUGCCUUUAUACGCGCAAGUUACAUACAUAGGAAAAUCGAUGCGCGAUAAACUCGAGAUUAAGUCAUGCUUUAAAAAAUUUUGUUCAAUUUUGUAAAUAUUAUUCGAUUUUUGCCUAGAUUAGAUCUAAUUUGAAACUUUGAGACGAGUUAACUUAUCGAUUUGAAUUAGUUUUCUAAAUUCAAGCUGAUAAAACGUACUAAACGAGACAUGUAAAAUCGCCAGAGAACAAUGAUAAUCGUAAUAUCAAUUCUGUUUCUAGUAACACACACUUCUGAUCUCUUGCAGAAAAAUUAUUUUUCAUUUAUCAAUAGCAAGCCAGAAAUAAUAUUGGAAAAUAUUUCUGAGUAAAAUAACGUUCGCUAAAAGUACAUGCCUAUCGUGUUUUUUCUAUCUUUUAAAAACCUUGCUUGGAUUAAACAAAAAUUAAAAAUAUACAUUUAAUAUGCAUAUUAUAAUUUAUUAUAAUCCUGUCUAAAAUUUUAGCGCUAAUAUACAUAUUAUGUCAGCAUCCCUCAAGAGUUAAAAAAUUUCUAUAACAGCAUCUACAUAUUCAAGCUUGCUCGCAAUACGCGACUCUUUAUCAACGAAUUUAUGUUUUCUUCUUAUCCAACUUGUUAACAAAAAUGUUGAGUAACUAUUAAAAACAAAAUGAAAGAAUAUCACGCGUGUUUUUCUUCGCGCCAUUUCUUGCUAGACGUCAAAACUGGCAACAGGAUGCCGUCAGCCCAUUCACGGUAACCGCGUUCGAUAUAUUACGUAUGUAUGUAUAAAUAGCCGUUGUGUGUGUGGUACAAAGCUGCGAGUCUCAUCUGAAUCCGAUCCCAUCGACCGCGAGAUCGUCGAUCAUCACGGAUCGGCGAUCGAUCGACCGACCAAGCUGACGGUACGACGACUACGAAGCGGCGUGUAAAAUUUAAUUCUAGCGUUACCAUGAACCGCCAGUCACGGCGCCCCACGUCAAUGGCACGCUUUAGAAGGAAGAAGAGAAAAAAAAACGGUGAAAAAAAUAACGGGGGAUAAAAAAUACUGUGUAAAGGGGGAGAAAAAAAAAAAGAACUAAUAAUACACUAUUACUGGUACAUUAUUAUAUACAUUGUAACCAAUUGUUGUCUACGAUAUAAUGUUAUUUUUCUAAUUCAUAUUCAAUUGUUAUCGUUGAGAGCGAGAGGGAGAGAGAGGGUGAGAGAAAGCGUGAGAGAGACAAACACGAGGGCACACACGAGAAUUUUUAGGGAAGAAGAAGCGAGAGAGAACCUAGCAGGUGGCCGCUGUAUGCGUAGAUCCCGCGCGUCUUUGCACCUUUACUCCUGAUGCUACUUCCGAUAUGGCCGCUAUUCCUUCCGAUCGUUCGUUUACUGCGCGAUUAUAAUUUCAUGUUUCGUUUCCUCUCUUUCUAGAUCGGUCUUCGUGAUUGGCAACAUCCUUAGAGUUCGUACAAUUCAUUUUUCAAUUACUUUUGUCGUGUGUUAUUUUUGCUUUGCAUAAUUUAUUUUGAAAGUACAUGGCUGUAAAGUAUAGGUACUUGUUAUUAUGGAAUAUUUUUUUAUAGAAGAAAGAUUAAAAUUAUUAAGAUUUUUUAUAUUUAUGUUUUUUAAUAUGAAGGCGUUUUAAAGGAAAUUUGAUUGGCAAAUAUUGGAAAUUUAUAAAUUAAUUUUAUCGAUUUAUUGUUCGUGUUUUAUAACUCUAAUCUGAUACAACUUGUGUAUAUAAACGCACAUAGUUUCCUAUUAUUGUUAUUUUAGCUUGAAAAUCGAUAAAAAGUACACCACAGAUGGCAACAUUUAUACACUCGAGUAGAACAUUGCCAGAAUAGACAGACACCAUAGCUUGACGGAAGUCUGACCAAUCGUAGUUUUCACUACUGGCAACCAAUCUCUCAAAACAACAUACAACAAGAGAAGAGUCUAAUUUUCUACAAAUUAUAUCUAUUCUCUUCCCAUUUAUUUAUUACCUUCACCGUAAUUAUAGUUCGAUCUUUCAUUCGGUAAACUAUCGUAUUCUACGAAAAGAAAAUACAAGCGGACAAAAAUAUGAAAGAAAAGGGCAAAGAAGAGAUUCUAUGAAAAAUGAUUUAUUUAUCGGGGCGAAUGUCGUGUAGCAGAAACGACGAUCGACGAAUCGAUGGCCGCUGAAGACUAAUCGAUAGAUCAGACCCUUCUCCUCUCCUUAACCCCUCUCCUAGCCCUGAGCUUUCGUAGAUGGAUGAUGCGAGGCGAAACAAAAGCGGUAGCGACGCGUAAUUAGCAAAAGAAUGCUAAUGUCGGGCGGCGCGCUGGUCUGUGAUAAAACAAAAAAAAACUAAAAAAAAAAAUAGAAAAAAUGUGAAAAAAAAGAAACAAAACGUCGCGGGCGUGUAUUGUAUUUUUUGUAAGGCUCGUUCGUGCCAGAUUUGUGAUAGCCAAGUCCGCGGCAUCCUCGAUUAAAUGGACGAUGACGAUGGGCCGGCGUGCCACCGGCGCGAGGGAAACAAAAUGUCGAUUAGACAGAGCGUUGGACGAAAGAUGGACGGGGGAUCGCUUGAGUUCUUUUAAAUCGUGACGAUUUUCUUCCGUGAAAAAAAGAUAGAAAAAUCCCUGUACUUUGUGAUCCGACGAUUUUAUUUUGCUCCUUAAUGAAGUUAUUUUAAGUAAUUUUGAAUUGUCGCAGUUAAAGAAUCGUAUCAAAGUAACGUGCAAUUAGUAUCGUGAAAAGUAUGGAGUUGGAGCUUCGCGUUGCUAACAACACUAAGAUGUUUUCUUCCCUUCGUACAAUUUUGGGAUUUUUUAAGACUCGAAGUUUCGUUAGCAAUCUGUAAAAUUAAUAGUUUCAUUAGUUUAAGAAACGUAAUUGGUCUUUUUCCUUUGCAAUAUCCUACAUAAAAUUAGGAUUUGUUAUACAAUAAUUAAUAAAAUCGUACACUACUUCCCUUAACAAAUUAUUAAUUCGAUUAUUAGUACACAAAUAGUAUAUAAAUUUGAAGAAUCUUAAUUACCGAAAUCCACGAAACGAAAGAAACAUCAAACGUAUGUUUAAAAUGUGUCGGACUCCAUACUUUUUACUACUGAAAUCUACCUUUAUUUCCUCGCAUUCUGAUUCUUCGUAUCCAAAUGUUGGAAGAGCAAUACUUUUCAACGAAUUGAACAUCCGAGCAAAGUAAAUUCGAAGAAUCGCUAAUAAGGAAACGAAUAUCUCUUAAAAACGAUAAAAGGAAACGAGAUAAGAAGAAAGAAGAGAAUCGUCACGGAGGAAACAAGUCGACACUAUACUUAUUUAUCCAGUCGGUGAGACUGGUAUGCGAGGAAGCCUAAGUUUACUAAUUGUAAGCAGCAUGCCGCGUUUCGCGUUACUUUAAAAAAAAAAGCCGCGAGAAACGAUAUUGAAUUUGAGAUUUGGUGCGUGUACGUGUGUGUGCGUGCGUGUGUGUACGUGUGUGCGUGAACGCGUGUAUUGUUGUUGAAUCCUGGUAUCCACGAUGCCAAAGAUGUAAGUCAUGUAAUAAAGUUGUGGCUAAGGUACUAUGGUAACGUCAAUGAUAACGAUAAACAACGGUGAUAAUCGUUAUUGCUAUCUUGUAACGUUUAAUGUAUAUCAGUGUCGUGCAAAAAAAAAAAAAAAAUUGAGCGGCUGAGCUCCUCGGUGUUGUGGGUAUACAUACUCGUUCCUAGCAACUCGUAUGACAAUUACUACUCGAUACACUACUCAUAACAUUGCAUUGAUCUACUUUACUCUACGUACUUCAAAGAUAAAUAAAUACAUUCUGUCCAAUCUCAACAA